AUGGCCACGUCCAAAAAUAAGAAAUCAACCAACACUCCCCAAUCGCCCCAAGGAGUAAAAUUUACCCGUAGGACGGCGAGUGGUCGUAUUGUGAGCUUGUCCAGGGACGACGACGACGAUAUGUCCGGCGAUCAAUCGAGCCAAAACGACUACAUAAAUUACACCGUCAUGAUGCCACCUACCCCUGAUAACCAGCCCUCGACGGGCUCUCAGGGCGGCGCCAAUGACGGAUCGAAAGCGGAUAAAAGGGUGUCGGUAAUGAAAUCGGUGAACAAUAAGUCCAUGUUGUUAAGGACCCAGACGGGUGAUUUUGAUCAUAAUCGUUGGUUGUUUGAGUCGAAAGCUAAGUAUGGGAUCGGUAGUGCGUUUUGGCAAGACGACGACGAGCAAUACGGUACCAAUGGGGGUGUGACGAUGUCGGAUUUCAUGGAUAAGCCGUGGAAGCCGUUGACGAGGAAGAUCCCGAUUAAGUCUAGUAUUCUUAGCCCUUACAGGUUUUUGAUAUUGGUGCGUUUGGUGAUUCUGUUUUUCUUCCUCGGUUGGCGUUGGCGUAACCCGAACCCUGAUGCGAUGUGGCUGUGGGGCAUUUCGUGUGUGUGCGAGUCGUGGUUCGCGUUCUCUUGGCUGUUGGACAGUCUUCCGAAGCUGAACCCUAUCAAUCGGUCAACCGACCUCAUCACGCUACAUGAGAAAUUCGAGCAAGUCUCACCGUCGAACCCGACCGGUCGAUCGGAUCUUCCAGGAGUCGACGUGUUCGUCUCGACGGCCGAUCCCGACAAGGAACCUCCACUUGUCACUGCCAACACCAUCCUAUCCAUCAUGGCUGCUAAUUAUCCUGUUGAAAAACUCUCUGCCUAUAUUUCAGAUGAUGGUGGUGCCAUCCUCACAUUCGAGGCCAUGGCCGAGGCAAUCCGUUUUGCCGAGGUGUGGGUACCGUUUUGUCGGAAACACGACAUCGAACCUAGGAACCCCGACAGCUAUUUCAACUUGAAAACUGAUCCGACAAAGAACAAAAAACGACCUGAUUUCGUGAAGGAUCGACGGUGGAUAAAGAGAGAGUACGACGAGUUCAAGGUAAGGAUCAAUGGUCUCCCGGAGACUACACGUAAAAGAUGCGACAUCCAUAACAAGAGGGAGGCAAUAAAGGAGAAAAUUCUUGCCAAAGAGAAGAACGGCGGAUCGUUGCCGCCAGAUUUUAAAGCCGAGAAGGCGACAUGGAUGGCCGAUGGCACACAUUGGCCGGGGACAUGGCUCAGUCCAAUCGCGGACCAUUCCAAAGCUUCUCGACGUUCUGGAGUGUCGGCAGCAUCUGUUGGACCACCUGGACUCAUCGGAAGCGGCUGGAGGCAUCUAGAAACGGCUGGCUGCUAG